AUGGCAGCAUCAAGCUGGACCAGCACGCUCUACCCAUCCGACCUGUUCGUCGAGGCGUGCGGCGCCAUCGUCUUCGACACCUCGAAAUAUCCGGAGGAGGUGUGCCUGCUGUACGACUUAGAGGACGACGAAUGGCUACUGCCCAAGGGCCGGCGGAACUGCAACGAGACCCGGCAAGCCGCAGCGAUACGCGAAGUCAGGGAAGAAACAGGCUACGGCAUCCAUCUGCGGCCGGUGACCCUGGCCACGAGGGCGCCCUUACAACGCGAGGCAGCGAACGUCGCAGACGUGCCGCGGACGUACGACGGGCUGACGGAGCCGUUCAUACUGGACGUCCGGGACUUGGGCCAGGGGAAGGGCGUGAAGCUCGUCUGGUGGUUCGUCGCCGAGGUGGACGGCAUGGUGGGCGAGGGCGAGGCGCAGUUCGAGGCGCAGUUCGUUCGGUACGACGAGGCGGUUCAGAGGCUGACGUUCCAGAAGGACCGCGAAGUGUUGGCGAGAGCUAUACAGGUCGUGGAGCGUCCGGAGCACAGCAAUGGAGUUGCGGGGACGAACUGA